AUGGCAGCACUUCCGUUUAAGUCCGCAGAAUCGGCGACUCGUAUAAAAAAAUUCCUCGUCUUGGCUCUGGCUUUGGUUGGUUGCGUGGCCGCCGAUGGUGGCUACAACUACGGAGCACCCGCUCCAGUGAGGUCUUCAGCUCCAGCACCAGUGUUCCAGGCUGCUGAAUCUGCCCCAGCCCCAUCUAGAAGCUACGUGCCCCCAGCACCUGCUGCCUCCGCACCCGUCCAGUCCUUCGCCCCUGCUCCUGCACCAGCUCCAGUCUUCCAGCCUGCUGCCUCUGCCCCGGCUCCAGUCCGUUCCUAUGUGCCACCAGCACCAGUGCGGCAGCAUCAUUUUGCUGCCUCCGCUCCGGCUCCUGUUGCUGCUCCUGCUCCGGCUCCCGCUCCAGUCUUCCAGCCUGCUGCAUCUGCCCCGGCUCCUGUCCGUUCCUACUCCUUCGCCCCUGCCCCCUCCUUCCAGGCUCCGGAGCCAGCCCCAGCCUUCGAGGCUGCCGCCUCUGCCCCGGCUCCAGCCCGCUCCGGCUACGACUACAGCCAGCCCCAGUCCAGCCAGGGCUACAGAUACAGGACCGUGCGUCGUCGCGUCCUGAGGCACCGUGCUUAA